UUCGAACACACACGUCAAACACACGGAGGGACACAACAUACACGUACAUACGUACAUACAACCGCAAGUAAUUAAUUAAUUUAUUUUUCUAGUCAAGUUUAACCACAAUAUGGCCACAAAGAGUCAUCAGCCGUUGCUACUUUGCUUGCCGUUGCUGUUGCAAAUUUUCAAUUUUUGCGAUGCACGUGUUGCUACCCCACCGCAAGAGAUAGUGGCGCCACAGCCCGAGGUCAGUGGUAUAUUGUAUGAGAAGCCUCUGCCCGCUGACCACUUAUACGAUGAGCCAAAUUUACUUAAAUACGUCCAGCAACGUGAAAAAAUGAUCGAGGCCGAACAACUGCUCCUCACUGGUGGCCAUUUGCAACUAGAUGAAAAUGAACUGCAGGUCCAUCAGAUUUUCAUGCGUCACAAACUGCUAGAGCUCACCUAUGGCAUGAAACAUCCGCAUGAACAUGCGCCAGCAAUGCACUUUUUCAAAGCUAAGCCGCUUAUUGAACAAAGUAAUGUUUUCAAGUUCAUACAAGCCAUGCCGAAAGGCGCCAUUCUGCAUGUACAUCGCACGCCAGCUGUCUCCGUCGAUUGGAUGAUCAAUAACCUCACUUACACACCCGGUCUCAUGAAAUGCUACACAGCGCGCGGUGGUCUUGUGCUCAGUUUUCGGGAGAAUGCACAGAAGCAUGGUUGUCGUACGGGGUACUAUGUGGUGGAGGAGGAACGCCAGCGUACACUUUCGCGAAGCCGUUACGAUAGAUUUCUACAGUCUAAAAUGAGUUUGUAUUCACGUCUACCGGAGUUGGAGUACAGUGAGCAGGAUAGGGUGUGGAGGCGUUUUGAAGACAUAUUCGACACUGUUAGCGAUACGGUGGGGUAUGAGCCAAUGUUUCGACUUUUCCACUGGCAGCUGAUGGAGGAGAUGUACGAGGAUAAUAUCAUGUACGCUGAGUUGCGUAUGAAAUUCAAGCCGCUCUAUGGCGCCAAUGGCACAACGGUGGCAAACGAGUAUGAGGCAGCUGAGUUAUUAGUGGGAUUAAUCGAAGAAUUCAAGCAAACACAUCCCGGUUUUUUGGGUUUAAAAAUAAUUUAUGUGGCGCAUCGUGGUUCCGAUGAGGUUAAAAUAUACAAAGCCUUCCAAACAUUUAAGGAUUUCCAUGAACGCUAUCCCGAUUUCAUAGUGGGUUUCGAUUUGAUCGGUCAGGAGGAUCAAGGCAAAUCCUUACAAGCAUUUGUAUCCAUUCUACAGAAUCUACCGAAAAGCGCGAAGUAUUUCUUUCAUGCAGGCGAAACAAAUUGGUUGGGUACAUCGGUGGAUUUGAAUUUGAUUGACGCCAUUUUACUCAACACAACGCGUAUCGGGCAUGGCUACUCACUAAUGAAACAUCCGAUCUUAAGUAAAAUCGUUAAAGACCGCGAUAUUGCAUUGGAAAUUAGUCCGCUAUCGAAUCAAGUUUUGAAUUUGGUUUGGGAUUUGCGAAAUCAUCCCGCAGGCUAUUUCAUGUCCGAGAAUAUACCAAUGGUGAUUUCUAACGAUGAUCCCGGCUUUUGGGAGGCGAAGGGACUGAGCUAUGAUUUCUAUUAUGCCAUAAUGAGUUUUGCACCGAGCAAUGCUGGUCUGAAGACAUUGAAGAGUCUGGUGUGGAAUUCCAUUAAAUAUUCAGCAAUGAGUGAUGCGGAGAAGGAAUUUGCGUAUGCACAGUUGCAAAGUGAUUGGAAUGUGUUUUUGGAGCGUGUUAUGCGCGGCGAAAUCGUGUAAUAUAUACAUACAUAUGUAGAUAUAAUUAGUCUAAUUAAUUAUACUCCGAUAAGUCAAUAUAUAGGCAUAUAUGUGCAUACAUGUGUACUAAACCCACAUAUUAUUACUGUAAAUUAAUGAAAUAAAACACAACAGUGGCGAUUAACAAUUUUUAUACACGAAAA